GCAGCGAGGGCUCUGUGGAUUGUUGUGCUUGGAUCAAUAACACACUGCAGGAGAAUUUAAUACAGGCUUUUCCGUGGGGAUGCUGGCAUUCCACGCGUGUUCCAGUGGGGGAGAGGUGGGGGCAGGAAGCAUGAACUGGUGUUGCAGAAACACAAACGGCAACUUUGAGAGGAAACGCUAAUAAAGAGUGCGUGGAAUAGCUGAGGAGUGGACGCGCAGGAGUGAGGGGGGGUGUUGCCUGUGAGCGUGUGGUAAUAGGCUGUGAGGGAGAGAGAGAGGGAGUGGGGGAGACGUGGACGGUGAUGCUGCGCGCUGCCUUCUCGCUAAAUGAGGAUUGUCUUUUCCCAGUUUGAGCAGCAGCAGCAGCAGCAGCAGCAGAAUAAUCAGCAGCAGGGCUCCUCCACCCUUCCGGCGAGGAUUCACACAGCCACAGUCCGUGGGAUCUUCUCCAUCACCAGCAGGAUCUGCGCCGGGCUCCAGCAGCGCGCUGCCGCCCCAGCUGCUCCAUCACCGAGCGACCAGGAGGAGGAGGAGGAAGAGGAGGAGGAGGAGGAGGAGGAGGACAUCUGACCACCGGGCCAUGUGCACUACGACAUGUAUGCGUGAAUUCAUGCGGUGACAACGAGAAAGGGGGGAAUGGAGCAGCUGUCAACACAUUCCUGCAGACGCACCGACGGUGAUACGUUGCAGACUGUCGUGUAGAGAGAGGGUGUAGAAGAAGAAGAAGAAGAAGACCCUUCAUACGCAGCAGUCCAUCCCGCUUAUUGGCUUUUUAUUCCAGCGAGAAGCGAUCAGUGGUCAGGUGUCGCCUUUCAUUUCAACCACAACAAUGGGGGAGCAGCCCAUCUACAGCACGAGGGCCCACGUCUUCCAGAUCGACCCCAACACCAAGAAGAACUGGCUGCCCGCGAGCAAGCACGCCGUCACCGUGUCCUACUUCUACGACAGCACGCGCAACGUCUACCGGAUCAUCAGCCUGGACGGAACCAAGGCAAUAAUCAACAGCACCAUCAGUCCGAACAUGACGUUCACAAAGACGUCCCAGAAGUUUGGCCAGUGGGCGGACAGUCGAGCGAACACUGUCUACGGACUGGGCUUCUCCACCGAGCAUCACCUGUCCAAGUUUGCAGAGAAGUUUGCAGAGUACAAGGAGGCGGCGCGGCUCGCUAAGGAGAAGAGCCAGGAGAAGAUGGAGAUGGCCACGUCUCCUUCUCAAGAGUCUCCGGCCGGUGAGCUCUCCUCCCCUCUCACCCCUUUGACCCCCCCCAUGGAAAACAUCAACGGCACGGACGACAUCUGCGACUCCACCCCCAACUCGGACAGCCGUCCGGAGCCGGCGCAGAGCGCUCUGGCUUUCGCACACAGCCCGGCCAUGACAAAGCACUGGGAGGCCGAGCUGGAAGCACUGAAGGGGAACAACGCCAAGCUCACGGCGGCCCUGCUGGAGUCCACGGCCAACGUCAAACAGUGGAAACAGCAACUGGCUGCCUAUCAAGAGGAGGCAGAGAGACUACACAAGCGGGUGACAGAGCUUGAAUGCCAGAGUAACCAAACCCCGGUGAUCAAAUCCCAAAAGACUGAGCUCAACCAAACCAUAGAGGAGCUGGAGAAUGUGCUGCGGGAUAAAGAAGAGGAAAUGGAGAAGUUGAAAGAAGAACUGGAAAACAUGAAUGACCUCAUGGAGCAGAAAGACACGCUGACUCAGAAGCUUGAGGAGACGGAGCUCCGCAGUCGAGUGCUGGAGGAGCAGCUAGCGGGAGCCGAGCAACGCCUGGAGGAGAACCAGGAGGAGCAGGAGAAUUUCAGGAAGAGCCUGCGGACGCUGCUGGAGCUGCUAGACGGGAAGAUCUUUGAGCUGACGGAGCUCAGAGACACCUUGGCUCGUCUCAUAGAGGAAGCCAGCUAGAGACCGACGUCUCAACCUCCACAGACAGAGCCAUAUGAUGAUUUAUUUACAGCCCCAGCACACAGACCAAGCCCACCCACCAAACCCCCUCUCCCCAUGUACCCUCACCCAUCUGAGACACUGCACUGCCCACACUUACUCACAGUUUGAACGCGAGGGGCAGCUCAUCCCUGGUUUUUACCUUGAAGGCAUCAGGUUCCUCCUGCAAGCACUCCUGUAGAUCAACGCGAUGCAGGGACUACCUCAGCUUGCCUUCUGAUUGGCUGUCGUACCCUUGGUCAAACUGGUCCGAGCUCAGUUGUAGAGAUGCCACACACACACAACAGAAACUGUGCCUCAGCGCCACCUGCUGUCUGAACCGGAGAGCUGCACCAUAGUGCGGCGCAUUAACUCAAACACACACACACAUACACA